AUGCAGUAUUUGGAGGACAUUAUUGAGUUGGUUGAAGAUUUACCGGAAGAAAUAUGUAAAAGAUUCGAACAGAUGCGAAAGUGGGAUAAUGACGUGGAAAGACUUCGGUUGGAAUGCAAAUAUGCAGCAAAACGUAUAAUGGAAGUAACAGAUACUUCUCAAGCAAUGAGGGAAAAGAUACUCAUGGAAUUAGCAGAUAAAUACCGUCUAAUUCACAAAUUAAGUGAGAGGAAGCUAGAUCUUGCCAUCAGGAGCCAAAGACUUAUGUCAGCAGUUCUCGACAAGGUCAAUGAUUCUUCCUACUUAUGUAAAAUUGAACUUGAAGUUGACAAUCCUGGAUGCACCGAAGCUAUUGAGAGAAACUUCUGCCGUAUGCUGGGUCUCAAGCCGACCUCAUCCCACUUGACAUCAUGUAACAUGGAAUUCGAACCCAUCGAUGACACGGGUUCGGUGGGAUCCGAACGAGAUUCCAACGGCACAAUUUCUCCCAUGUGCGAUCGAAAAUUGGGCGGUCGACACAAACUUACAAAUGGGAAAUCUCAUAGAGAGAAGGUGGAAAGAAGCGCUUCUCCUAGAUCUGUGACAAGCGAAAGUACACAGUCGGGUAUCACAUCGGGAAACAAAUUGAAGAAGCGCAAGUACCAGAACGAUGCGCAUCCAACGAUCUCGAACUACGCUAGGAAAAAGCAGGAGAAAGAGCGAGACCGGUUGAAGUCGGCGAGAGUGCACGCUGCUCGACAAGAAGAGAGUCAGCGCAAACAAGCAAAAUUAGCGUUGUCUUCGGACUUAGAUGUGGCAUCUUUCUGCAAAACCGCCAGUGAUUUGGCCCCUAUCUCCGUUAAAACUGAAGAAAAUAUACCAUCAGAAGAUGACAUUUGGAAAGGACAAGAUCCGCUGGGUUCUGAGGACGACUUUGACGCUAACGAUGUUCUUGGGCUUUUUCCAACGUUGCCUUCACCCCCAAGAGAAAUAAUGGAGUCUUUAAAAGAGGAAUCUCUAUUUGGACUUGAAGACGACAUUAGUUUCGAUCCGCAUUCAAAGGCAUUUUCUCAAUCGCCGGCAGUGUCAGGACUUGUUUUUGACUCUUUGCCGUCUUCUCCAUCACCGUCAGCCAGCGUGUCUUCUUGGGACAAAAAGAAAAGGACAAGUAUUUCUUUUGGAAAUGUUUGUGAGACCACAAGCAUGCACGGACGUCCAAGAAAAAUGACAGAGCGAGCAGUGGAACUGCUGCAAAACAAUAAGGAUCGGGAAGAACGCAAACGAAAAGUUGAAAUAGUGGACGGAGAGGCUUACGAACGUUGGUGUUUCUGCAGAGAGGUCUCAAGUGGAAGCAUGAUUUGCUGUGAUGCCCCCGAUUGUAAAUACCAAUGGUUUCACUUCGAAUGUGUGGGGCUAGUUGUUGAGCCAAAGGGCCAAUGGUUCUGUUCGGAAUGUGCUGCAAAGAGACACUGA